AGUCAGGAGCGAGGCGUUCUGCUGGUGGAGUUUGGAUCUUUGUUUCCUUAGCUAGGGAAAGCAGGAUUUCUUUGUGUGUUUUCUCGGGAAAAAUGCCUGCUGUUUCUUCGAGUAGCUGAAGUAUCCGUUCCCUGUGUAACCUCUGUGUUUUUCCUUGUAUAGAUUUCAGCUUUUUGUGCUGCUCGGUGAAGUCAUUUCGAAGAGGAUCAUCUACUUUCAAAAAAUCGCUCACCCCUGAGAUGCCAGGUUCUUCGGGACAGCCAGGCUCACAGACAAUAAAAAAAGGGCACAGAGGAGUGGAUUCCACAGGCGAGACUACCUAUAAAAAGACAACAUCAUCUGCCUUGAAAGGUGCCAUUCAGCUGGGCAUUACGCACACAGUUGGAAGCUUGAGCACCAAACCUGAAAGAGAUGUUCUCAUGCAAGAUUUCUACGUAGUAGAAAGUAUUUUCUUCCCCAGUGAAGGGAGUAACCUGACCCCGGCUCAUCACUACAAUGACUUUCGGUUCAAAACCUACGCUCCAGUGGCCUUUCGUUAUUUCCGGGAGCUGUUUGGGAUCCGACCUGAUGACUAUCUGUACUCACUCUGUAGUGAGCCACUCAUCGAACUCUCUAACUCCGGGGCCAGUGGAUCCCUCUUCUACGUAUCCAGUGACGAUGAGUUUAUCAUCAAAACAGUUCAGCACAAAGAAGCUGAGUUCUUGCAGAAGCUGCUGCCUGGCUACUAUAUGAACUUGAACCAGAACCCAAGGACGCUGCUGCCAAAGUUUUAUGGCUUGUACUGUGUCCAAGCUGGGGGCAAAAACAUUCGGAUUGUUGUGAUGAACAACCUUCUGCCACGCUCUGUGAAAAUGCACCUGAAAUAUGACCUGAAGGGCUCCACCUACAAACGCCGAGCAUCCCAGAAGGAACGGGAGAAGGUCUUCCCAACAUACAAGGACUUGGAUUUUAUGCAGGACAUCCCUGAUGGCCUCUUCUUAGACUCAGACAUGUAUAAUGCUCUGUGCAAAACGUUACAGAGAGACUGUUUGGUCCUACAGAGUUUUAAAAUCAUGGAUUAUAGCUUGCUUGUGGCAAUCCAUAACAUUGAUCUGGCACAGAGAGAGCAUGCGUUGGCAGAUGGGACGUCUCAAACCGAUACGCGGCGACCCGCUGCCCAGAAGGCCCUCUACUCUACAGCCAUGGAAUCCAUCCAAGGAGAGGCCCGGCGAGGUGGCACCAUAGAGACCGAUGACCAGAUGGGAGGCAUUCCAGCCCGUAAUGCCAAGGGGGAGAGACUGCUCCUUUACAUCGGCAUCAUCGAUGUGCUGCAGUCCUACAGAUUCGUCAAGAAGCUAGAGCAUUCUUGGAAGGCCCUUGUACAUGAUGGGGACACUGUGUCUGUGCACAGGCCCAGCUUCUAUGCUGAAAGAUUCCAACGGUUCAUGUGCAACACAGCAUUCAAGAAAAUACCACUAAAGCCGUCCCCUUCCAAGAAGAGCCGGUCUGGCACCGCAGUUCCUCGUCGAAGCUGUCAAGGAGGAGUGCCUUUCCAGUCACAUAUGUCAUGUGAGACAAAAGCACAAGUAACGACGGAGGUGGAUGUGGAGCAAGGUUCCCACCUUGGUCGUCCAGAUCUCCUGCCCAGGACUCUGCCAGUAGAUGAAGCUAACAGCGAUUCCGUUGCAACGACCCUGUCCACUUCUUCCUUGGGCAGCGGAGGCCUCAACUCGCCCGCAAACAGGUCAGUGGGCGUACAAGUGCAUAAAGCUGACAGCUCAGCAAAGGAUUUGACUAGAGCAGCUACCGGCAUCUUCUUGCCUAGCGGCUCCCCAGGGCCUUCAAUACCCGAGCACUCCUCAGAACUGAGGGAACAGUUCGAAGACCUGCAGGAGACGGAGAUAAGCUUUUGAGGCAACAUCGAGGCCGUUGCGAUGGAAGCAGAUGGUUCCGUGCUCUGCGUGGUCUGUGGAGUCUGACAGACGUUCAGCCCCCGUUGCUGACUUUUUUUAUUUUAUUUUAGAAAUUUUAUCUGGACUGAAACCUAAAAGCUGGAAGGCUGGCUUACACAUAGCGAGGUAGUGUUACACGAGACUGGGCCAGCACAGCUGAGCCUCAGGACGCCUGAAGUCUCCUUACCGCAGAGCGCAUCAGGCGCCGCUGUGUCCCCACCGUCCUCCUUGCUUUUGAAGCCUGCCAGGAGCAAAGCAGGCUGUUGGGAGGAGGAGGAACUGCUCCACAUGGGCUGAAGGCCUCUGGAAAAGGGAUCUGACUUUCAGGGAGUUCUCUACUUGGGAUGCCAACGCCACAAACCUUGCAAGAACAGGCAACUCUUCAGAGUUCUGGGGGGAAACGGGCAUGAGAAGCUCAGUGGGGCAGUUUGCGACAGAGCAGUGUGGUUUUAUUUUGUAUUUUAAACGAGUUUUUAAUUUAAAAGUUUCCUUGAAUUCAGUCAUAUCACUUCUUUUUAGUCCUGCAGUAUAGUCAUUCUUUUUUAAUAAAUAAGCUUCUCAGUAUUCCACCAGAAAAUACCCCGGGUGAGAGGCAGCGAGGGGCGCUGACCGCAAGGAGCCCUCUCCCCGGUACCUGCUCCCGGUGGCAGUGGUCUCCUGAGACAGCGAGGUGGAGAGCAGGGGUGCUCUGUGGUGCUCCCUAGCUUGGAGGAUUUUGAAGAUGCAAAGCUUUUGAGAUGUCAGGGAGGUUUGGGAUUGCUUUGUCCUUGUUUUUGAAACGAGUGUCUUUUCCCUGCCAUGUUUCCUUCCCCACAAGUAACUAAUGGAGGGAGAUCUUUGUAAUGGGCACACUUUUUAAAGCCCUCAGUAUUUCUUAAGCAAAUGGACCAAACCUAGCCUGCUCGGUUCCCUUCCCUGCCCUCCAGCCUGCCGUUACGUCCUGUUGUGGGCACCGCUGGCAAAACUUCCCGUUUUUAUAGCUCGGCUCCCUUUCGAUAUCUCAGCCUGCGCCCUAGCCAGCCUUGCGGAACCGCGUUUGGCACCGAUGCUCUCGAUGGCUCAAGAUCGAGAUACCGACCUAAACGGCUGCCUGCUGUGUGCGCUGAGACAGACGUCUGCCUCCACAACAGUACGGAGCAUUUCAAGCCCCAUUUAAAGAAAAAUAAGAGCUGAAGGGAGGCAGGGUUCUGUCCUGGCCGUUCCCCCUGUGCGUGAG